AUCCAAUUAAAAAUCAGCACGACUAAAACCAGGAAAGGCGCCAAACCUCAGUUUGAAGCCUUAGUCAUAAUGGGGUUGUUGAGGUUUUUGUUGCUUUUCUCUGUGUGUUCCUUGUGUUUGUGUUUAGCCGAGGAUGCCGAUGGUGAUUCAGGAGCUAAAAAGCCGAAGCCUUCCUUUAAAGCUCCAAAUGUUCCCAGUGGCGCUUAUCUCGCUAUGUUCUUUAAUGGACCUUCCGAUCUGAGCCAAAAACUUGUGGUUUCCCAGGCACGUAAAGAUGGAAUAGAAGACUCUAUUGCCAAAUAUGACGGUGUUUGGUCAGUGGAAGUUCCACAUACUAGCGCAAUCGAUGAAGACUAUGCUUUAGUCCUGAAGUCUAAAGCUAAACAUCAUGCUGUCUCAACGAAAUUGUCCAAGCCUUUGAAAUUCGAUACCGAUGAGCUCGUAAUCCAAUAUGAUGUCAAGUUCCAGGACGGGAUGGAUUGUGGCGGUGCAUACAUCAAGUUACUAAGCGCUUCUCCUAGUCUAGAUUUGAAACAAUUUAAUGACAAGACUCCAUACACCAUUAUGUUUGGACCCGACAAGUGUGGAUUGGAUAAUAAGUUUCACUUCAUAUUUCGGUACAAAAAUCCGAACACUGGUGUUUACGAGGAGAAACAUGCUAAAAAAGUGCUUCCGGAUUUGGAAUCCUAUUUUUCUGACAAGAAAUCCCAUCUUUAUACACUAGUUUUGCGUGCGGAUAACUCUUUUGAGCGCUACAUUGACCAAGUCAAAGUACAGAGUGGAACACUUCUUGAUGAUUUUGAACCUCCAGUCAAUCCCCCAAGAGAAAUUGAUGAUCCUAACGAUAAAAAGCCGGAUGAUUGGGAUGAAAGAGAAAAAAUUGUAGAUGUCAAUGCCAAAAAACCUGACGAUUGGGAUGAGAAUGCUCCAGAGACUAUUGAAGACGAAAGCGCUACAAAGCCUGCAGGUUGGUUAGAUGAUGAACCAGAAAUGAUUCCCGAUCCAUCAGUAGAACCUCCAAAAGACUGGGAUCGUGAAAUGGAUGGUGAGUGGGUUGCACCAAAAAUAAGUAAUCCUAAAUGUGCUAGUGCCCCUGGAUGCGGUGAAUGGCAUCGACCAGUGAUACCGAAUCCAAAAUAUAAGGGCAAAUGGUCUCCUCCAUUAAUAUCCAAUCCAGCUUACAAGGGAAUCUGGAAACCCAGAAAGAUUCCCAAUCCUAAUUAUUUCGAGGAGAAAAAUCCAUACAGGGGUUUGGCGGAAGUGAGCGCGGUUGGUCUUGAGUUAUGGUCUAUGACUGAUGGAAUAGCCUUUGACAACUUACUGAUUGUAGAUUCGAAACGAGCAGCAGAUGAAUUCGCCGAAAAAACAUGGGGAGUUAAAAAGGAAGCUGAACGAUUAGCUGAUCCAAGAGCACAAAGUGUUGUGGAUGCCAUACGAGAGACGUAUAAUGAAAAACCAUGGCUUAUCUUUGUGAUUGGCCUUGUAUGUACGCUACCGAUCCUACUUUGUUGUAUCUACUUCUGUCGUUCACCGUCCAAACACGAUGUUCAUAAGAAAACUGAUAUGUCCACACCUGAUGACACACCUCAAGAGGAUGAUGAGAAGGAUGCAGAAGUCGAAGAAAUAGACGAAUCUGGUGAAGACGAUAUUGUUCAGAUUUCUAAAGGUUCUGGUGAUGAAUCCGAUGCUAAUAAAACAGGUAGUAGUAGAGGUGAUCUCGAUGCAGAUUCUACGGAGGAAGCUUCUGGAGCCACAGGAACUGAGACCUCUGCUGCAAAGCAGUCAGUUAAAAAGCGUCGUUCACGGAAGGAGUAAAAAUAGACUUCGGAAACCAUUCCCAAAAUACUAUGCUCACAUGAGCUAAUUUGAAACCCGGCAAAUUAUGUUUCGUACACAUUGGAGAGAUGUGAUUCACAUGUGAAAAUUUCAUCUUCCUUGUUAUGUACCACCUGUUCUUGUAGUUUGUUUCUUUGUUUCUUUUAUUUGAAUAUAUAAACAUACGUUCACUUUAUUGUAUUGUUCAUAAUUCAGUUCGUGUUUACACUUAGGCAACAAAAAUUUUCCCCAACUUUACCACCUCACAUUUUGUUUGACUGGAUUUGGUUUUUUUUCAUUUUCUUGUUUUUUCGCUUAAAGUUUACCUUAGUGUUUCCUUUUUAUUAAUAUCAUUUUGUGAAUAAAUCAUGGCUUUCACAAUGCGUAUUACCUUAAAUUGUUGUUGACUUUAAAGUAAAAAAACUAAAAAGUCUGUUAUUUACAUGUCCAUUUGGUCAAUUAUUAUUAUUAUAGUUUUGUAACAAUAUCGUAUAAAGCAGUAUGUCUGUGACACAUCGAUUGUGAAAUUUGCUUGUAAGCACAAUAGUAAUUAAGUUGAAGAGAACAUUUCAGUUAC